GCUAGGUUGGCAAGGGUGGCCAACUUGGAUGGAUUGGUUGGGAAGGGACAAAGGUCAAAGUUGAGGUUCCUAUAGGGAGGGAAUCUUUGUGCUUAUGGGGUUUCCUUGGUUGGGGACUCUCUUGGGACCUUCCCUCUCAUCCCUCUCCUCCUAUCCCAACCUUUCUCUUGCUCCUUCUAAUUCCUUGUUGUGAUGCACCCUCUCACACACUGGGUGAUUGAUUCAGGGUGCACCAGUCACAUGACCCCACGGGCAGAUUUGCUUGAUGAGGUAAAACCCCCUGGGAAGAUCAAGUAUGUGGCAGCAGCGUCAGGUGCUUUGCUCCCCGUGAUUGGUGUUGGGAAUGCCAAGCUGCCCAUCAUCCCUUGGAAUGGGAAGACUCCAACAGCAGCAACGGCAGCAGUGGCAAAGGCAACAGCAGGAGGAGAUGCAACUGCACCAACUGAUGGGGUCCUGGAAGCAGUCAAGAAAGUGCAGCAGCAGCAGACACAUGGUGAGAAGCUGACAGUGUCAAGGGAUGUGAAGUUUCUUGAGUCCCUGUACUACAAGGAAUGGAAGCAGCAGCAACAGAAGCUUCCAUCUACACCGCUCAUUGUGGAGGCAGAUGAGGUGCAGCAGCCUUCAAGACAGGUGGAGGUUGCAGUGUCAGAGGAGGAGAUGUCUGGGGUGACUGAGGAAGGGGGAGCAGCUGAAGUAGAGGAGCAGCAGCAGCAGCAACAUGAGUCUCCACCUCGAGUUCCACACCCGCCUGAGCGACCUAGGAGGGAUGUGCGCCCUCCGGUGAGGCAAACCUAUGGGGGAAGAGGCAAGCCGAAUGUGGUGCAGGCUGGGAGUGUGGUUGAGCAGAUUGAGGAAGAUGAGAUUGCAUUGUGCUAUUGGGCUGCAAUUCCUCAGCCUAAGGUACUGACGCUAGCUUCAACUCAGUAAAAGCGGAUGGCACCAGCAUUGGGGGUUAUGUGUGCUUGCUAGGAGGUGGUGCUGUGAGCUGGCCCAGCAAGAAGCAGAAUGAGGUGGGAUUGUCUUCAUAUGAGACUGAGUACAUGGCCUUACACCAUGGGGCCAAGGAAGUAGUGUGGCUAAGGCGUUUGUUGGAGGAGUUGGGAGUUGGUCAGGAGGAGCCGACAGUUGUGUUCUGUGACAAUGAGUCUGCUGUGAAGCUCGCCAAGAAUGCUUGUCUGCAUGGGCUGACAAAACACAUAAGGCCUAAGUGGCACUGGGUGAG